AUGGGCGCUAAGAUUGCAAAAGAGGCAUUCCAGACUGGGGAUUUUGCGAUCGACGAAUAUCGACCCAUGAAGGUGGUCUGCAUAGGAGCGGGCUUCAGCGGUAUUAUCGCUGGUAUACGUUUUGCACAAAGAGUGCCAAAUCUGGAUUUGAAGAUCUACGACAAGGAAGCGGGCGUAGGCGGUACUUGGUUCGUGAAUAAGUACCCAGGCCUGGCAUGUGACAUACCUUCUCACUGCUACCAACUUUCGUUCGAGGAGAAUACGCAAUGGUCCUCGUUCUACGCUCCAGGGCCCGAGAUUCUCGCAUAUCUUCAGCGCGUGGUCGAGAAGUACAAGCUUACGAAAUACAUACGCCUCCAGCACGAGCUCACGUACGCGCGGUGGGACGAGGGUUCUGGAAAAUGGAGCUUGCGCAUCCGUCGUCCGCGCUUCCCGCAUGAUUUCGAAGACACUGCAGAUGUGCUGUUCCUCGGCACGGGAUCGCUCAGCCGCUGGUCAUGGCCUGAAAUCGAGGGCCUCAAAGACUUCAAGGGCCGCCUUAUGCACAGCGCACAGUGGGAUGUCUCAGAGGGUAACAGUUGGGAAGAAAGCGUGAAAGACUGGGGAAACAAGACCGUCGGUGUAAUCGGCAUUGGUUCGUCUGCCAUCCAAAUUGUGCCUGCCCUCCAGCCAAAGGUCGCGAAAGUGGUCAAUCUUGUGCGAGGCAAGACCUGGAUUUCAUCUUCAUUCUCCGAAACGAAGAUGACAGAGUUGCUCGCUCUUCAGCCGGGCGUCGGGAAUUAUGUCUUCUCUGACGCAGAGAAGGGGGCAUUCAAGGACCCGAAAUACUACAAGCCGUUCAGACACGAACUAGAAUCUGACUUAAACUCUGUACACGGAGUAAGUCAACGCGGCUCGGAGAUGCAGAAAGCGGCUGCGGCUGCGUUCAAAGCAGCUAUGGUCAUGAAACUAGCGAAGAAACCGGAAAUCGCCGAAUACAUUGUUCCUUCAUUCGAUGUUAGUUGUCGUCGACUGACGCCCGGCCCGGGCUACCUCGAGUCGCUCUGCGAAGACAACGUCGAUUUUGAGACGACACCCAUCAAGCGGAUUUUCCCAAGCGGCAUCGAGUUCGUCGAUGGGCGGCGUACCGACCUUGACGUACUCGUCUGUGCUACUGGCUUCGAUACCAGCUACCGUAUGCCAUUUGAGGUGAUCGGGCGCGAGGGGCGCGACUUGCGGAAGCGUUGGGAGCCGCACGCAGUCUCGUACUUAUCGGUCGCUGUGGACGGCUUCCCGAAUAUGUUCUUGUCCUUGGGCCCGAACUCGGCUGUCAACUCGGGCUCGCUUCUCAUUUUGAUGGAGCGCGAGGUCGAUUAUGCGGUUGCCGCCACCUUGAAGCUGCAAAGGGAACGGCUGAAGAGCAUAGAGGUCAAGGCGGAGGCUGUUGCGGAUUACGAUGAAUAUACGAAGGCAUGUUGGAUAACGCUUACGGUAUACGUAGAUCAGUGUCACUCCUGGUACAAGAACCCCGACGGCACUAUAACAGGAUUAUGGCCUGGUUCCUGUCUGCACGCUGUCAGAGCACUGGCUAGCCCCCGUUGGGAAGACUUCAAUUAUGAAAGUUUGCCAGGCGAUCGAACCCGCAAUCGCUUCUAUUGGCUGGGUGACGGCUACACGCACAAUGAGAAGACAAUGACUGGCGAUCCUUGGUAUCUCAACGAUGACCAGGUCGAUAUUCCUACUGUGGUGAGCAGGUAA